UCUUUAUAUGUUGGUUUUUUGUUUUUUUGUGUGUGGGGUUCUCCUUUUCCUUCCCAGUAGCUUCAGCGCCUAAUAUACUUGUACUCACCGACCGUCACUUACCCUUUUUAUAUCCCACACGUACGGGCAGUGGAUAGCAAUAUUGACUAUAACAACUUUCUUAAACACAGACACAACUACUUCAUCAUUCACUACUAGAGUUCCCAUCAUACACAAUCCGGUUUUCAUUGCCGGCGGCCUGACUAUUUUGAAUUCGCACACUUCUGGAUCGAAAGAUUCAUUGCAACCAUCAUCCCACUAAGCCUUUGUAUUUUGUUGGUUGCUCCCUACUAAGAAAUUCUCCGUUCUAGGCUUGGAGUCAAAGAUUUCUAGUUAAGGAUCAAGAGAUCAUUUUCAACCAUACCCACCAAGCCUCGUGUGUUGUUUCAGUUUUUAACUAUCUGCUCAACCUGACUAAUUUGGAUUCACGUUGAGCCCUAUCUAAUAAGAAAUUCUCCAUUAUCAAGCUUGAAGUCAGAGAUUUCUAAUUAAGAAUCGAGAGAUUCUAACGUCCAUCCCACCAAGCACAAACAAGUUGGUCCUCUGCCUUAUUCUCGUGUCCAUUAUGGCUUUCCUUAGGUGCUUUGGGUACAACGUAAAGCGCGGUGGAGUUGCUGAUGUCCGUGUUUUCGCAGAAGGCGAUAAAGAAGAUCAAUCAGAUAGCACAAUGACUGCUGGUGCAACGAGAUAUACAAGCGACAAGUUGAAGAAAUUCACCAUGAAUUUCUCAAAUUCCAAUAUAAUUGCCUGUGGAGGAUUUAGCAGAGUCUAUUUAGCUAAUUUCCCUGAUUCAUCUCUCAAAGCUGUCAAAAUCAUGGACCGCAGCAGCGAGCGUCUCAACAGAAUCUACAAACAAGAAUUAGACAUCUUGGUUAAAAUCCAGCACGACAACAUAGUUAAACUUCUUGAUCAUUGUGAUGAUGAUGAAUUCGGAAACAUGCUGGUAUUUGAGUAUGUCCCAAAAGGUACUCUACAGGACAAACUCCACGGAAACAACACAAUUCUUUCCUGGAGAAACCGAAUGGCGGUUGCAUUUCAACUUGCUCAAGCUAUUGAUUAUCUACAUGACAAAUGUGCUCUACAAAUUGUGCAUAGCGAUAUCAAAUCUUCGAAUAUUUUGCUAGAUGAUCAAUUCAACUGUAAACUUUGUGAUUUUGGGUCUGCGAAAAUUGGAUUUUCUUCUUCCAUUUCACCACCAACAAAUCGAGUGAUGCUCGGUUCUCCAGGUUAUACUGAUCCUCAUUACUUGAGAACCGGCAUUGCCUCCAAGAAAAACGACAUUUAUAGCUUUGGAGUCAUUAUUUUAGAACUCAUUUCAGGAGUUGAAGCCUUUUCCUCAGUUAGUGGGGAGAGACUGAUAUCGAAAGCUGCUUCGAUUUUGAACGAUGCAUCUAAGGUAGCGGAAAUAAUGGAUCCACGCCUCGAUAGGAAUUACGUAUUGGAGGAAGCUAAGGCCAUGGUUACACUUGCAGCAUUAUGUUUAAGUGAUUUCCCAGGUCUUAGACCCUCUGCUUCUGAAAUCUUGGAGAAUAUGAGAAGUAGAAUAUCUUCCAUCUCCUUUCUAUGUUCAGUUGGUAAAAAGGUUUGAGCUAGGAAGCGCAAGGAGUCAUCUGAAACCCCUUCAGCGAAAAAUUACAUCGUCUAUAAUUACAACAAUAUUUAUGUGUGAUACUAGUUAAAGGUUCAUGUAAAUUUGUAUAGGGAUAUGUCACAAAUGAAAGUUGUCAUAGCUAAGCAAAGAAUUAGUUCAAGAAACUCCUUACAAAUUGAGAGUUGAAAUUUUGAAUGGUCACUUAGAUUCACUUUAAAUUUGGUCUCAAAUAUGUCGUUAUUGUUAUCGUUGUAGAACUUGCUCGGAUUUUUUUAAAUC